ACUGAUGAUUUGGAAUGGGCUUUUGCAAUUCGCAGGGCUUCAGUGACCGAGAGAAGCGCAGUCUCAGUUGAAUGGCCCUCCUGAAACCUGACUGUUUAGCAUCCAGUUUGUCGUUCUGUGAAAGAAACAGUGAGACUUGGUUGAAGACAACUCGUUCAAGUGUUUUCGCUAUGAACGGAAGGAGAGAGACAGGUCUGUAGUUUUCUAUAAGAGAAGUGUUUAAUGUAGGUUUUUUGAGCAGUGGGGUUACCCGAGCCUGCUUGAACGCAAUGGGGAAGUUACCUGUGAGUAGGGAUGUGUUGAUGAUGUGUGUGAGUGCAGGUAAGAGUGUGGGUGAGAUUGCUUGGAGAAGGUGUGAGGGGAUUGGGUCAAGAGGACAUGUUGUAGGAUGGUUGGAGAGGAGAAGCUUGGAUACUUCAGCUUCAGUGAGUGGACAGAAAGAAAAGAUGGGAGUUUUAGCAGUGGAUGUGGUAGGGUGAGGGUCCUGUGCGUGGAGGUGAAAACUGACCACUGAUUAUGUGCAAAAUAUAUGUUGAUACCUUCUCUAGAGCACAAAAGAAAAUGAAAAUGCAGAAGAAAUUGUGGAAUUAUUUUUAAGUGUAAUGCAAUAUAAACAUAACCCUUGUCUAAACGAAUUUACUGUAUUUAGUGUUAAUCAUAAAGUUAAAGCCAUUUUGUAAUAAACCAAGAAUUAUUUGGAGAUGCAAGGAAAUGCAGUGAAAGUACAUUUGAAGUACUGUAUUACAUACUGAUUUAAAAAAAAAAAAUGUAUAGCCUGAAUGCACUGUCUAUGGAGCGAAUUUUGUGCCAAUAUUCAUCAAACAAAUCCAGCGUUUUGCAAAUAAACACGAUCUGCUUUGCAAAGGAACACUCGGCUCGCAAACAAACAGAAAGCAAUUUGCAAAUACAAAAGUCAGUUUGAGCGCAAACCCAGUAGUGCUCACAAAUAAAGGUAAUGUGUUUUACCAAUCUAAAUAAAUGGACCCCGCAUCAUAUUUCACAAAUAAAUACAGUCCAUCCUACAAAUUGCAUUUAACCCUUGAACAAAUAACAAAUGUAGUGCAUACAAAUGCAUACCUGUCUGUUACGGUUGCGAGAGACACGCCCUCGUACGAGAGUCUCGACUUGAUUUUCUCACAAAUGCAUUUUAGGCGGAUUUUCUCACAAAAGCAGUGGCGCAACUUCCUCUUCCAAGACAGCAGAUGGCGCUUUGGGUCAAUUUACCUUAAUCUCCUGGGGGAAGCCCUGAAAUGAGUGAGCUGACAAAAAUGAGCGGUGAACAGCCCAUCUCCCAGGUGGUUUCCACAAUGCUGGAGAGACUUCAGUCUCGACUUAUCCACGUUCUCAGUCGGCAGCCUCUGGACCUAGACUACUUACAGUUUAUAUGCACCCAGGAGAUGGUGUUGUGUAGUGCAUUUUCUGAACAGAUUUCUCUACCUGAGAGUAUUAUGGAUGGUCUCACACACCUGUACAGACUAGUUACCCAGCACAAAUCAAAUCAAGUCCUGGAAGUGUUCGUUGAAGUCAGUCACGGAGCAGCAGGACGUCCACGCUUUCAAGUGUCCCAAGAUUACCUUGUGCAUCUUCUUCAUCAAGGUCUCAAAGUUUCCUGGAUUGCCAGUCUUCUCGGAGUGUCUAGGCGGACAGUUUAUAGAAGAAUGGCAGAGUUAAACAUAACUGUUAGAGGGCUAUACAGUACUUUAUCUGAUUCAGAACUUGAUAACCUCAUUGCAGAAAUAAAAGAAGACAUGCCACAUGCAGGUUAUCGGCUUGUUAAGGGGACUUUGCAAGCCAGGGGUCAUCGGGUGCAGUGGGAGAGAGUGAAGGCCUCAAUGCAUCGCGUUGACACCAUUGGGAUCCUGUCCCGUUUGAACAUGUUAGGGUGUGUUGUGCGCCGGAAAUACUCUGUCACUGGACCGAAAGCACUAGUACACGUCGAUACAAACCACAAACUGAUCCGGUACAAUAUAGUCAUCUUUGGUGGCAUCGAUGGAUUUUCUAGAAAGAUCAUGUACCUAGGUGCAGCAAAUAACAACCUGUCAUCUACAGCCUUGGCCUUCUUCCAGCAGUCCAUUGAGCUGUAA